UACAUGUCCAAGUUCCAACUAGCACUUGAACGCGGCAUAAAUUCAGAAAGUCUUCACGCUCUCUCCCAACUAAAAUAGUUUCUCCUGGAUUUUGCACCGACUCGGAUAAAUUAUUUAUUCUCGGGAUAACAAUACGAUCGUGCAGAAACAUGCCUGACAAGAACAGUCAGCUGCGUCAGGCUCAGGAAGAGGCGGAGGAGGUGAAGGUCAUCAUGAUGGACAACAUGGAGAAGACCGAGGAACGCAAGGCGAAACUGCAGGACCUUGACAAAAGGGCUGAGGAACUGAAGUUAAAAAGCAAGUCCUUCCACAAGACCUCAAUGAAGGUGAAGGAGCAGAAGAAAUGUGACAACAUCAAGGCCAAAUGGAAGCUCAUUGCUGUUGUUGCAGCCUCGGCCAUAAUUGUCAUUCUCGUAGCUACCUUCAUGUUGGUCAACAGAUCAAACCCUGAAAACACACAUGAUAUAGGCAGUAUCCCAAUGAACGAAGGAGGCAUUACACCAACAACCAUUGGGCCUGGGAAGUAGGCUAUAGCCUAGAAUCAAUAGGGCUGAAGAGGAAACAAAUAGUGGGCACUACUUGAAGGAUACUAAUAUCGGUCAAAAGUAUUUUCUAGCUUCUGUUGUUGAUACUUUACUUGUCCUUGUACACCCUGGAGACUACUACAGAUCCAUCAGAGAAGAUAAAUAACUUAUUAGGUGCAAAACUUGUUAAAGAAUUGCAUUAUUCAGAAUCUUGUUGGGAUUACAAAUUAUCUGUAAACUAUUACAUCUGAUAAUAUUGAAAUCAGAAAAGACAUUAGGGGUGAUGAGAUAGAUUUGAUCUAUUUCCUUUCAACAGCAUUUAUAAUGCAUUACUGUACAUCUUGGGAUACAUAACUAAGGUUAACCUGAACAUAAAGUUGUAUUUUGUAGUUUAUUUGAAAAUACCAUCUUUUCAAAUACUCGUGGCAAUAAUUACCUUUGAUAUUCAAAUACAGGUCUCAGAAAAAAGAAAUCUGUAUUUUGAAUACGUCUUUCAGAAAAUACUGCAGAGAAAUAGCUAUUUUUUAAAGAAAAAUAUUUUAUGGUUGCCAAAUACUUUAUGAAAAACCAAAAACUACAACAGUUGCGUUGAAAUAUAAUGACCAUAAGCACAUCGUUUGGAGGGCUCCUAGAUAUGAAUCUUAAUAUAGCCUAGAAUUAGAAUUAAAUACAUGAAGGACAUGGAAUCCCCUCAACAUUAGAGUAGACCACUUUUGCAGCUUAAAAAUGACCAACAAAUAUACAGUAUUUUCAUAAUGAUUGAGACAAGGUAAUACAGUAACACUUUGACAUCAAGUUCUUAUACAUGUGUAGUAAUUUUGUGAUAAUAGCAACAUUGUUGUUACAUAGGACUUUGGAAAUUGCUUUAUAAUUGCACAAUGGAGUUAUUACACAAGUGGAAUAAGGACAGUCAUUAUUCCUCGUGUACAUGAGUUAAAAAUUCAGCUCAUUGCUAUGCAAUUAAAAUGCAAUUACCAAUUAUGUAACAUGCUAAUAAAAUGUUGAAGUUUUAUUACACAGGCACAAGAACAGUUGUUAAGUGGAAUGCUAAUGGUUACAACAUAUGGCUAUUAAGUGUCAAAAGGAAACUAAAUAUCUCAAAACUUAAAUAACAAUAGCCAAGAUAGGUGUAAAAUCAUGUUAGUUUGUUUUCUGAGUAAACUGACUCUUUAAAUAUGUUAUAGUGUGUGUUUGAAACAACACUUACCCACAGAUGGACAGAGUUACAUUGUUUUUGCUAAGCAUCCAACUUGCUGUUUGCAGAUGGCUUUGAAUUUCUCUGCAGUAAUUUCAGGUGUCAUAAAAUUAAUUGCAACUUUCUAUCUUUUCAGUGGCAUGUUGAGUCAGUCGAACAUCAACUGAUUUAUACUUAUCUUUACAAAAUAUCAUUGGUUUGACUUGAUUAUGUACCCCUAUGGCAAUGGACAUUUACAGAAUGUUCAGAUAUAAAUGUGUUGUGUAUAUCAAAUAUGACUGUCAAACAGAUUGGUAUAGUAUAGGAGAUUGUGUGCGAGCGCGCUAUUCAUUAUUUAUAUCUUCAACAUGCAGUUGCAGAUAGUUUGUUAGUUGAUGGCAGACAAUCCAAUAGUUUCUUCAAAAGUAGCCACUUCCUGAGAUCGGUAUUGAAAUAUAAAAAAAAAGGUACUUGCUUUAUCAGUUGCGUAUUGAAAUGGUUUUAGAAAAUAGUCAUUUUUGGGGAUCUGUAUUCAAAUACUUUGUCACCUCCAAAGUAACUAUUUGUUCCCCCUUAAAUGGUUACCUUCCACAAAGCAUAGUUAAAACUAAAGUUAUCCCAGAUCUGAACCUGAAUAACCUCACAUUUUCAAUGACACCAUUCAUUGUUUAUAUUUUACUGAAGGUACACCACCAUUUACUCUGUCAUUCUCGAAGGACUAGUUGAUAGACAUCACGUGUUGACAAAACAAGGCAUUCCAUUGUCAAGAUCAGGAUUUAACUGACAAUGUAAUUCCCUUUAAAAUUGGUCUGAGAGAUGUAUUUCAACAUGCAACACAAUUUUUAGAAAUGAGUGUAACGUCCCUCAAUGCUGAACAACUGAUUGAUAGUCACAUUAAAUAGGCAAUAGCAAAAAUGCCCUUGCUUGCUAAAUAACUGACGUUUGUAGUGUAAACACAAUGGGAUUAGGUUGUUGACAAUGACACCUUUUCAACCCUUUUAUAAACAGUCAACAGGAACUCCCCAAUAGCCAGCUGUGUCUAGUUCAUUGACCAGUUGAAUGGACAUUGAGUCAAAAAUAUGUUUUGUUAUCUUGCAAUUGCAUUAUUGAUUUAUUUUAUCCAGUAAAUUAAAGUUGAUUAAAAAAAGUACAUUAA